AUGCAUGAAGAUCUUUUUUUUGUUCAAAGUCUCUUGCUGGUGUGAUCUUGCGGUGCAACACUUUCCACUUCAAGGAGUCAAAUGCAAAACAGAACGGGUGGUCAAAUCAGAUAAUAGAGGUGAUAUGACUGAACACGUGGCUGAGAUCAAAAGUAGGUGUGUAGUGAAUGAUGCGUGUCUAGCUGAACAUGGAAAUGCUUCUGCUGGUUCUCCUAAAACUUCUCCAGAAGUCUUCUCAUCUGCUAUUGAGUUCUAUGUUUGGUCUGAUGAGGGGAUUAACCUUUACGUGGAUUUAAAUUCUAGCCCGUUGGACUGGACUGAAAGAUUAAAAAAUGAGGUUUACAUCUGUGAGAGCGUCUACAGAGAAGAAUGUCUGCAUCAGAACCUCUGUUGGUUUAAAGGUCAUAAAGGAAUUGCGAGUUCUUUUCAGUGGAAUAGUCCAGCUGGUCUAAUCAAGGAUGACUAUUUACGGAAAGAACAUUCCUCCAGUUUAGACCUGAUGAUAAAUAAAUGCACGGAGAUUGACCAACUAGAUGCGGCUGAUGGGUCUGUAAUCUCUUCUGCAGUGAUGUCUCAUGCCAUUAAUGCAGAUGCUUCUGAGCAUUUAGAUGAAAAUCAGACAAUCAUGUCUUCUGGAAUUGAUUUUGAUGUGCAAAACCAGAAACUUGCUGGGUCUCAAUUUUGUGCUGCAGUCGAUAAUUGUGAAAAGAAUAUCAAUGACGCUUUACAGAAGAAGGCAAAUUGUGAUUCUGUUUCUGGCGGUUUAUCUAGCGCUGCUACAUUAGAACAUCGGAAUUCUAUACUUGAAAGUGAAAUUUGUGAAACUUCAACCCUACAGAACAGCUGCACUAUUUUAAACCUCUCUGUGGGAUAUCCUGGAAGCUCAGCAGCUGGUUCCAUGGACGUGCAAUCAUCAGAUAUUGAAGAACGCCCUAAAGAUAUUUCGUGUACACCUUAUGGAGGCUUUUCACAGAGAGAUUCAAAGAAUGUUACUGAUUACAGCUUGCGAACAUUUGCAGAGAAGUCGGAUAGGAACGACUUAAGUGUUGCAAUGGAGACCUCAGAAUGCUCUCAAUUCCCCGACUCUGACUCACUGGAGAAGAUGUUGCCUGUAUCUGAUAUUCUCAAAUCUAAUGGAGCACAUAAGAGAAAGAGGAAAGUCAUUAAAAAUGAAACAAAACAUCGUUAUAAUGAACCUGAUAGAAGAGUUUUAAGAAGUGGAAAGGAUAAUGCUAAACAGGCGCUUCCUAGAAGAUCCAGGCGGCUCAUUUUAAAGGUUGCAACGUUAGAAGUCGACAUUUUUUCGCAGGAAAGUACAAGGUUUGAUCUGGGUUUCUUCUUUAGUUGGAUGGGCAAGAACUCUUUUAUCAUUUUAUGGAAGAAAUCAAUUCUGUGUAAGGCUGAUCUGAUUAGUUUCAUAUUGAAUGAAUUGGUAUAACCAGAUUCUUCCGUGACACUUCUUUUUUUAGAAUAUAAUAUAUAUAGGAGCGAGAAUUCUAACUUACGACCUUUUGAUUAGACAUGGAUUCCUUAACCAGUUAAGUUAUACUCCAGUUGAC